UGGUCAUCGCUUUCCUGUUUUUUUUUUCCAAUAAUAUUUUUGGUCUCUUCCAGGUUCACGUUUCUGCUGCCAUAACAGUAAUCCAUCAUCACUAUCAUGGGAGGUGUCAGGCGCAGCAUUGCUCGGCUUUGCCUGACCUCCGGAGGCAAGGGUUGCUGGCCUCAGCGGGCCGUACGGCGAAGGCGACGCCUGACUACGGGAUCAAAGAAUGCUGUUGGUGCUGACAUCAUCAACUCGCUGCCGGAUGCGCUAAUCUUGGACAUUCUGGGUUGCGUGGGCGACGCGAAGACUGUCCUGCGCUGUGCUGCGGUCUGCCGAAGAUUCCGAGACCUAAUUGACCGGGUGCCCAUUCUACGGUUUGAGAUGAAAAGGUGGGAGGGAAGUUUUCAGGUUGACAUCAACAAGCAUGUGACAGCAGCCAUUCUCCGGACCACGUACCUGAAGAGCUUGACGAUCUGCUGUGAGAAGUACCCCGGCUGGGGUCCCGAGGUUGUGGAGGCGUGGCUAGCACAUACGAGCAAGUUUCUAGAGGAGUUCAGUUUCAAGGACAAUGUUGCGGAGGACAACUGCAACUUCAACACGGGCGUGGCCGAUCCCAAGUGUUUUCUCCACCGCCUUGUCUCCUCGGUGAUGGACCAUUGCGUCAAGCUGCGGAAGCUGGAAGUAUGUUGCCCGUACACGUUUAACUGUCUGCAUCUGAGCACGAGCCAACUCGAGUCGUUGCAGUCGCGAAAGCCUUUUGCAAGUCUCGAGCACUUGGCAGUGAGCGAAGUGGCAUUCUUUGGGUGCGAGUAUUUUGAACCGCCCUUUGGUGCGUUUCCAAACCUUAAGGUAUUGCAUUUGGACAAGAUAACGGGGGUAAAAAUGGCCUUUGUGGGGUCGAAAAGUCUGAAGGUGUUGAGGUUGGGCACGGGUUUCCGGUCAAGCCUUGACAGUGUGACGAUUGACGCUCCCAGUCUGGAGCGUUUGGAGUUGAGGUUUGUUAGAAGCCUGUGUCUCGACAAAGGGACGAUGCCAGAGGUCAUGGAGUUAGACCACUGUCUGCAAUGCCAUUUCUCAGCUCCGUCCUCCUCCUCCUCCUCGUCCUCAUCGACCUGCUCCCUCCCCUCCUCGACUUCCACCUCCUCCGCCUACUACUACUCCUCUUUCAACGGGCACAGCAAUCCGUGGAGGGCGAAGAGGGUACCGAUCGCACUCUCCAUCUCGCUCGUUUACCAAGCGUGCAGCGAGGAGGACAAGAGCCUCUUGUUCUGGAAGGCGGAGGACUUGGUCGCUCUCAUCAGUCAUCACAGGCGCCUGCUCUCUCAUCUCUCCUUGGAAGUCGACUCUGUCCCUGGUCCCGAAUCGCGGUCCGACGUGAUGGCGGUAUCGGAGGCUCUGAUCAAUGAGCUACCUCAGCUGCAGACGCUCGAGAUUAGGAGAAUGGGGAUGGUCACUUGGCUGGAGAAGUUUGUGGAAGUCAAGCGCGGGUUCUCUCGGAAGAACCUGAGGGGUCUCCUCUAUGCUCCGAAGUUGGAAUCCGUCGACCUCUGCGCCGGGUACGGGACUUUCUAUACGAUAGGAGUUCUGGAGAUGUUUUUGUCGUCCUGCCCGAGGCUCAGAAGUGUAACUGUUAGGCUUUUCGUCCGCAGAAUGACGCCCAAGAAGUUUUUCGUGAAGUGGAAGAAGCUGCAGCAAAGACAUCUGUCCGUCCAAUUUGUGCUGUUGGAGAGACCCGGCGAAGUAGAUUGGGAGAUGGUACUCAAUUUACCUCCCAUGCCGUUUCAUUCUGACUACGAAGCCAAGGUCGAGUACAAAGAAAAGGUACGAAAGCAACUGGAAACCCCUGGGAGGUGGUAUAGGCAAACAGGUCGAGGCGUUUUCAUCGAAGAAAGGAGUGUGUUAUAGUUUCCCCUCUUGUACAAACACUCACACUCACACUCACACUCACACUCUCCUUUUUUUUCUUUUUUUUGGUCGAUAUAAUUACGCAG